UGCCAAACGAAGUCGCUGGCUGUAGCAAACAAAGCCACAUUUCGAAACUGUCUGGUUGCAAUGCGUCCUUCUGCAACCAAGACUGAUAUUCCAUCAAUGCAUGAUAUUACGGUCUUCAUUCAUAACUCCUUCCUUGAUUUCUUCUCUCAAAUCAAGUCUGAAAUCCAA